CGAGGGUAUAGGCACCACCCGCUAGUGAAUAAGACCCUCCCUUGGCAUCACCUCGCUAACUUUCGGGAAUAACAUGAGUAAGGUAUCCACAAUGGUCGAUUGAUCAGGAUCAUGGCAAACAAGCUAGCGCCGUAUCCGAUGCAGGCUACUGAACUGGUGUCGGCCCUGGCCAAAGUCUAUGCUCGACUGGACACAAUAGGCUCCUGGCCCGAGACCAAGUGGGUAGCCGUCGGAGAGUUUAGAUUGACAGUACGACACUGAGCGCAUGGUUCUCGGGAGGACUUUGGACUUUCCACCUGCCAAGGCAGUCUUGUUCCUUGCUUGUUUAUUCGACUCGGUGACUCUUAGUAAAUGUGCCGAUGCAAUUCCGAGAGCCGUAUCCCUGGUUGAGAAAAAGGACCAUGAUCACUUGCCCUCUGCAAGUGGAAAUGAAAAGAUUGCACCCCUCCAAGGUAGUAAUAACGAGACGUACUAUGCAAUAGUAAUAGUUUCUGUCAGGAUCCCAGUGAAGCGCCAAUUGGGGACCUGUUUGGAAAGCAUCGAGUCAGCCAGAGCUCCCCGAGCGUAUGACGCAGUAAGAGCAUUGGGUGCGAUUAGAGAGGACCAGGUGGGCACCGAUGGGGCCUUUCGUAUCAAUCGGUGGGUGUAGUUCGGUAGGCGAGAUUAUUAUCCCACGCUCCUUGUUGGCCUGUGCCUGUUUGCUCACAAGGUACUACUACACGCAAGAGUAGUGGGUGGGGCCGU